UGGGUUCUCACUCACGCUUGCUUCAACCUAAGAAGUUUGUUUCUUGAUUAUAUAUAGAAAAAGCUUAGUUUAUUGAACAACACAAGAUCAACCAUGGCAACGAAAGAGCCCAAGAAGAAAAAUUCGGGUCGGAAAAUACCCCGACCCACAAACCCGAUGGUGACUCCUUUGUUGACGGAUCAAUACCAAUUCACCAUGGCUUAUGCCUACUGGAAAUCUGGCAAGCAUCAAGAACGUGCUGUGUUUGAUUUGUAUUUUCGGAAGAACCCCUUCGGAGGGGAAUACACCGUCUUCGCUGGUUUGGAAGAAUGCGUGAGAUUCAUUGCUAAUUUCAAGCUCACCGAGGAACAAAUUGAUUAUAUCAAAGAUAAUUUGUCUGUUUCAUGUGAGGAAGGCUUCCUUGACUAUCUUAGAGGAAUUGACUGUUCUGAUGUGGAGGUGUAUGCUCUUCCCGAAGGAUCAGUUGUUUUUGCUAAGGUACCCUUGUUGAGAGUUGAAGGUCCGCUUGCAGUUGUUCAAUUGCUAGAAACACCUUUUAUCAAUCUCGUUAAUUUUGCAUCAUUAGUUUCUACUAAUGCUGCAAGGCAUCGUUUUGUCGCUGGAAAAUCAAAAACUCUGCUUGAGUUUGGACUACGAAGGGCUCAGGGGCCUGAUGGUGGAAUUGGUGCAUCAAAGUACAGUUACAUUGGGGGAUUUGAUGCAACAAGCAACGUUGCAGCAGGAAUGUUAUUUGGGAUUCCCCUUCGUGGUACUCAGUCCCAUGCAUUCGUUAGCUCCUAUAUGAGCCUUGACGAGAUUAAAGACAAAGCGCUUCGUAAAAAAGAUGGUUCAAGUACAUGUCAAGAUUUUGUUAGCUUAGUUGGAGACUGGCUGAGAAAAAUUGAGCGGUCGGAUUCACUUCGUGGCAAUUCUGCUGACACCAAUAAAAGUGAGCUGGCAGCAUUGACAUCAUAUGCAUUAGCAUUUCCUGAUAACUUUCUUGCCUUAGUAGACACUUACGACGUUAUGAGGAGUGGAGUUCCUAACUUUUGUGCAGUUGCAUUAGCUCUCAGUGACUUAGGAUACAAAGCAAUUGGCAUUAGGCUGGAUUCUGGCGACCUUGCAUAUCUGUCUUGUGAGAUCAGGAAGUUGUUUUGCUCCAUUGAGAAGGAAUUUGGAUUGCCCGGUUUCGGAAAGAUGAGUAUCACAGCUAGCAAUGACCUUAAUGAGGAAACAAUAGAUGCUUUAAACAAACAGGGUCAUCAGAUUGAUGCCUAUGGAAUUGGUACAUACCUGGUUACGUGUUAUGCUCAAGCUGCUUUAGGUGUUGUUUUCAAGCUGGUUGAAAUUAAUAAUAAACCUCGUAUCAAACUUUCUGAAGCUGUCUCAAAGGUCACUAUUCCAUGUAAGAAGCGAAUAUAUAGAUUGUAUGGGAAAGAAGGUUAUGCUUUGGUAGACAUAAUGACAGGAGAAGAUGAACCCCCUCCAAAGGUGGGAGAAAGAAUCCUGUGCCGCCAUCCCUUUCGAGAAUCCAAAAGAGCAUAUGUGGUGCCUCAGAAAAUUGAGGAGCUUCUAAGGUGUUACUGUGCUGGGAAUUCAGAUAAAAACGAAGAAAUUCUACCCCCUUUAAAGGACAUUAGAGAGCGAUGCAUCCAGCAACUUGAGCAAAUGCGACCUGACCACAUGAGGAGACUAAAUCCAACUCCCUAUAAGGUUAGUGUGAGUGCAAAGUUAUAUGACUUCAUUCAUUUCUUGUGGGUCACUGAGGCACCUGUUGGAGAGCUGCGAUAACAAGGUAAAUAAAUGGAGAUGCACCUGAUUAUUUAAUGGAGGCGAAAGAAAUUGUAAUAACAUUUGCAUUCUUGUGAUUAACUAUCUAUAAUCAUAUAUGGAUGUGCUUACAUCUUUCUAG